UCUUUAUACAGCGGAAGUGAUGUUUUGAAUUUUUCUGUAGUUCGCCUUGAUAACUGCUGAUAAAUGGUAGUUAAUGUUCACGCAUUACAUGACAUUUCUGUCCUAAUUUGGUUUACAUUGUGACAGUGGUCUCCAUUUUUGUUACACGGACUCGGGCGACGACUUUUGACCAGCAGGCAGCUUUGUCAAAGGCUGGGUUUAUUGUUAGUAACAUUUUGUGUGGCAGUACUUGAAGCAAGCUAACGUUAACCUGCUGUAGUCCAGCUGUAGUCACGGUUUAAAAAAAAAAAAAAAAAAAAAAACAGACGGUGAAACCUUUAAGAAAAGAACUGUAUUCAUGGCAAGUACUUAAAGCUUUCUUCGAGCAGUGUAUCUCUGAAUUGUUACCAGUGUAGCUGACGCUAAGUUAACAUUUAUUACAAGUUUCAUUGUCACAGUAUUGUUGGAUGUAUUAAAACACAUACAUCCAACAAUACUAAAUAAGGGGUAGUUUAAAGUAAUGUUGGCUUCCACUGCAUGAGUUAGCGGUUUUGUGCUGAGAGGAGAAAGGGUGAUGUCUGAGGUCAGGGUUAAUCAGUAUGAACCGGAGGCAGGGGCAUACGGUGACCAGGGUGGACUAUGCCCUGACCCUGGGAAACCUCUGAGUAGUGAAGCUUCCAGGCCUGACCUGCAGGGUCUUUUGCCUGCUGGUCACCCAUCCUCAGCAGACGUUAGCCCCUCACCUUCAGCUGAGACAAGUGGCCUGUUGUCAUUACCAUGGGAGAUGGUAACUCACAUUGCCUCGCACCUACCUGCUCAGUGUGUCAUCACUGUGCUGCCAAAGGUAUGUCAUGCAUUGGGUAAUGUGGGUAAGGACAGCACCUCUUGGCAGCUUCGAGCCCGCAGACUAAUAGGACCCCGAACUGGCUUUCCAGUAGGGCCAAGAGAGGACUUUGACUGGCCUACAGCUUGCCUAGAGAUGGAGCAGCUGAUAACCUGCUGGACAGGCCAAGCGCACCUUUUGGCCAAACAGACCCAAGAGGAUGAGGAGGGAAGGGAUCAAGUAAGGCAACAGCAACAACAGCAAAGGGCAGGGCAGGAUAGGGAACCAGGUGCAGAGGGACAGGAAGAUGGUAGAGAGGCUGAGGUAGAAGGGGUGGGAGUUGCUGCACAGGAGGCUGCGUAUGGUGCUGAUGAAGGGAUGGAGGUGGCAAGAGAAGGUGAGGAUGGGGAAAUGCAGCCCAUCGAAGGUGAGGACCAACGGGUAAGAUUGAGAGAGGAGUUGAUGAUAGGAGAGGAUGAUGCAGCAGCACUAAUGGAAGAAGAAAGGGACCACAGGAUGGUGUUUGAUGCUAAUGAUGGGCAAGAGGGUGCUCUUAAUCACCAAGAGGACUUGGCAGACCCCAGGAAUCUGGUAAAUGGAAGACAGGUAGAAAUGGAGCAGCAUCAAUCCCCCAGAAGUCCUAGCCCACCCCCAGCGCUGGAGUGCAUCACCUUGCCUUCAGGCCACAUUGGCCAGGUCAACUCAGUCCUCCUCGUGGGGGGAGAGGGGACAGUUUGUGCCACGGGUUCCAGAGACUGGAAUGUUAAGCUGUGGGAUCUGCAAGCAGGCCCAAGUGGCACGCUGCUGCACACACUGGGAGGGCAGGGUGACUUCAGCACCCAUCGGGGCUGGGUCUGGUGCCUGGCAUCUCACGGAUCUCUGCUAGCCUCGGGGGGCUUCGACAGCACAGUGAGGCUGUGGGACCUACAGGCAGGUGGUGCAGUGAGAGGCCUGAUCCGGGCUGGGGCUGCUGUCCUCUGCUUGUCCUGCCAGACGGAUGUGUUGCUGGCUGGUACAUUUGACAAGCGGAUCAGCAUGUAUGACACCAGAGCUGCUGAACCCCUGGUGAAAAGCAUCCGUCUCCACGGUAAUGCUGUAAUGUGCCUAGCUGCAGAUGACAAGUACAUCAUCUCUGGGAGUAAAGACUGCACUGUGGCUGUCUAUGACCGCAGGGCAGGCAAAGGCUUGAAGAAACUUCAGCUGAGCUCUUACCUGCUGUCCAUGAGCUACAGUGGAAGUGAGGUUUGGGCAGGAGACAACAGCGGGAUGCUCCACUCCUUUUCCAUGCAGGCGGGGACUUUAAAAACCCUGUGCCCGUUUGACGUGGGACACACAGCUCUGGUCACUGGAAUCCACAGGUCCCCUGGAAGCCUCUACACCUGUUCAUCUGAUCGUACUGUCAAGGUACACAUCCCUUGUGCGCCUCCAAGGACAUUAUGCACACUGCAUCAUCAAGCUGGAGUCAAUGGGCUCAGUGUGGACGCUGGAGUCCUUGCUGUCGCCUCAGGGGAUGUGUGUGUUGAAGUCUGGAGGCCCAGAAAAUGAAAGAGCAACACCUGCAAACUGGGUGGCAAGACUUGAAAGCAGGAUCGGACAAGAUCUGAAGCCUAUCAACAUCGUACCGGUAUUUCAUUGUUUUGGUAUUAUUGAAUACUUGGAGUAAACAACAAGAAGUACAUAACUUUAAUAAAAGGAUAAAAAAGAAACAGCUCUCAUGCCUUGCAGGCUGGCUGGAUAUAUCAAGAGAGAUGUUAGCAGUAACUUAAUAAAUGAAUAUGAAAAGGUAAGACUGGAAAUGAGACAGUUGUGGUACAUACAGCCAAACAUAUUAUUUUAUUUUGCUGCACUGCCAAAUAUAGAUGUACAAAAGUGUAAAACUAAUGUUUUUGGAAAUAGUGCUACCACUUGUUUAGUUUAGUUGUAUUGCUCAUUUUUAUUUCCAUUUCCUAAUAAGGGGUUGGGAAGGUUCAGGUCACCAAAAAACCUCAACUUUUAAUUAAUUAUUAUUAUUAUUUUUUUAAUAUUCUGAUUCCAUUGACAGAUUUCUCUACCAACAAAAAACACAUAUGUGAACAGAGGAAUCAUGUUUAUUACUAAUAUCUUUCCCAUGUACUCAAUGGCCAUUUUGUGUCAGUACUCAAAGCUUUCAAAGACAAUAGGUUUAAAGAAGUCUGUUUCUCCUAUUUUAAUUGUUUGUUUGUUCAAACAGCUUGGAAAAUGCAGACAUUUAAAGGGUUUAUAGUAUUUACAUGCUCACAAAUUGACUGAAUCCACUAUAGGAACUGACAUUGUACAAAAAGCAUCAGUUACUCUUCAUGUAAAGUGAAAUACUUGUAUCCUGUGACACAUUGAUUGUAUUUGUAAAGCUAUUUAUUUGAACGCAGUCAGCAAUGCUAAUCGAUAUUAUCUUUUUUGUGGGUAUGCCUGCAAAUGCCUUGUGUGUGUGUGUGUGUGUGUGUGUGUGUGUGUGUGUGUGUGUGUGUGUGUGUGUGUGUGUGUGUGUGUGUGUGUGUGUGUGUGUGUGUGUGUGUGUCUGUGUGUGUGUCUGUGUGUUUGUUUUAACAAUAUAUACCUAUUUAAUUGUUUGGAUAAAUGUAACUAUAAAUUAUUUGCACAAAACUUGACAGAUGCAUAUGUUAGACCACACUGAAAGAAGAUGUCAUUAAAUGGCCUGAAAAUCUAGGGUCUGAAUUUUUGGCUGGAUUUGUUCACUAUCCUGAUGGAAAAGCUUUAUUUGACAUUACUUGGUCUGAGAAGCUCCCAGUUACCCAGGUAAUUCCUUACUGUUGGGACACAUAAAUGAAUUAUACUGUUAUAUAAAGGAGUAAAAUUAAUUAAAGCUAUUAAGUGAA